AUGUCCUCGGCGAACACCGCCGGGCCCUCGCCAACAUCUUACUCCUCGUCCUCGUCGCCCUCGGAAACCCCGUCACGCCAAUCACCGAGCCCCGGCGGCCGCGCGCUCCCCGCCCCCGGCGACAACUCGGCGACGACCCUCGACGUCUCCGGGCACGGCACGACGGUCAAGCUGGACCACUUGGGCCCUCUUGUCGUCAACGUGGACGGCACCGUGUCCCGCAUUUCGAACUGGCCGGAAAUGGGCGACGUCGAGAAGCAGAACACCCUAAGGGUACUAGGGAGACGGAACAAGCAGCGGCUGGCAGCCUUGAGGGCGGCCGGCGACAAAACGACGAGCAAGCAGGACUCGUGA